CAUUAGUCCAAGCUGAUCUUGGAGAAUAUUGAGAACCAGAACACAUCCAUCACGGAUUACUCCACGUGCCUAGACAUAUCCAAUAUGUCUGACGAUAAUACCCGCCGCCACUGGCACGGAAGCCCCGGCGACCGUUACGAGCACCUGAAUGUCUGGAUGAACGGCGGUGCCAAGAGCCCCAGUGGUCGCGCUGCCUGGGCGAUGCCUGUGGAUACUAGAAGGGACUCCACCACCUCCACCUCCUCAGAUGGAAACAAACAAACCGAACCCACCUCGCCUAACCUCCCAAGCCUAGGUGAGCGUCGUCGCAGCUCUGCCGGCGCCCACAACGGCCUAUUCUCGAACUUGCGUACGCAGAAGCGUGAAUCUACUGAUGCGGAUAUGGCUACCCGCCGCGCGAGCUGGAAUGACCAGAUGGCUAAGGGGGGUAUGUUCUCGAAGUGGUGGGAGGGAUACACUCGGGGUAGUGGAAGCGGAGGCAGUGGAAGCGGAAGCAGUGGAAGUAGUGGAAGCAGUGGAAGCAGUGGAAGCAAGUAGUUGGUUCUGCUUUUGGUAUUUUGUGUGCUUGGAGAAUUGUGUAUGUACUCGAUAUGCUCGAUGUUGGGGGUUGAUUCUGAAGAGUGAAAUUGGGAAACUUGAAAAAAAAAAAAAAAACAGAAGGGACAUUGGGGUUUGGGGUGUUUUCCAAGUUUUAUUCGAUGAAUCUUAUGAUCACUUUACUUUUUCGAUAAA